AUGAAGCAGGCUGUUCGCCCUGCUCCGCAGCUUCGCACGUUUUCGUCGCGUACGACUUCCAAGGCCUCAUCGAAUGUUAGCCUUUACCUGUCCCUAGGCGGCCUGGCCGGUAUCGGCGCUUGGUACGCUACGGGUGGUUUCCAGGGUGACAUUCGUUCGAAGCUCCAACAGAUUCAUGCCGACUCCGGCUCCGAUGUUGCCCUUUCCAGUGAGGAGUUCCGUCCUCUGAAGCUGAAGGAGGUUCGCCCCUACAACCACGACUCGUCCUUCUACGUGUUCGAGCUUCCCAACAACAAGCAGUCGGGUAUGUUCACCGCCUCGGCUCUGGUCGUUCGUGGCGCUGAUGAGGAGCCCAAGGACAAGGAUGGCAAGCCGGUGAUCCGCCCUUACACCCCCGUGAACCCUCCGACAGACAAGGGUGAGAUUGUGCUUCUCGUCAAGCACUACCCUCAGGGCAACAUGACUCAGCACCUCAAGUCACUUAAGGUCGGCGAUGUGAUUCGCUUCAAGGGUCCUAUUCCUAAGCAUCCUUACAAGGCCAACGAGUUUGAGGAGAUUGGUCUGGUUGCCGCCGGCUCGGGCAUCACUCCUAUGUGGCAACUGAUCCAAGAAAUCUCGUCGAACCCUCGAGACAAGACGAAGGUGACUUUGCUAUACGGUAACAAGACGGAAGCGGAUAUUCUCCUGCGCGAGAAGUUUGAUGCUCUGAAGAACGACGACCGUUUCAAGAUUGUCUACUUCCUUGACGAGGUUUCGAAGGGCGUUCAGGCUGAGAAGGGCUACGUGGGCAAGGAAGCUAUCCAAAAGUACUUCCCUGGUGCUGACAAGGGCAACAAGGCCAAGAUUUUCGUGUGUGGUCCUCCGCCUAUGGUGAAGGCGCUUGCUGGUCCUAAGGACGGCCUCAAGCAGGGUGAGCUGCAAGGCGUUCUCUCUGAACUUGGCUUCAAGGCUGAGCAGGUUUUCAAGUUUUAA